UUUCUGCACGCAGGUACAAUAAGAACGGAGUGGACCUGAACCGCAAUUUUCCAGACGCUUUUGAGGAGAGUAACGAGCAGAAGAGGGAGUCUGAGGUGCGAGCGGUGAUGGAGUGGCUGAAGAGUGAGACGUUUGUGCUAUCUGCUAAUCUGCACGGAGGAGCACUGGUGGCCAGCUAUCCAUACGACAACAGCAACGGAGGAAGCGAGCAGCAGGGUUACAGGAGCGUGAGCCCUGAUGAUGAUGUGUUUGUCCACCUGGCGAAGACGUACUCCUACAACCACACGGAGAUGUACAGAGGAAACCACUGCAGUGACCUGCAGAGCUUCAGCAGCGGCAUCACCAACGGCUAUCAGUGGUAUCCUCUGCAGGGAGGAAUGCAGGACUACAACUAUGUGUGGGCUCAGUGUUUAGAGCUGACCCUGGAGAUCUCAUGCUGCAAGUUUCCUCCAGAGGAGCAGCUUCCUGCACUAUGGGAGGCCAACAGAGCUGCAUUGUUGGCCUACAUGCAGCAAGUCCAUCUAGGACUGAAAGGUGUGGUGAUGGAUUCUUCGGGCCAGAUAAUUCCUCAUGCUGUAGUGGAAGUGCUGGGAAGAAACAACCUUUGUGCCUUUCAAAGUGAUGUCAAUGGAGAGUAUUUCAGAUUGUUGUUGCCUGGAAAGUACAUGUUGAAAGUGACGGCUCCAGGAUUCAAGACUGUCAUUCAAAAUGUUGAAGUGCCCUAUGGUCCAGACCGCUUCUCUGCCCUCACACACAACUUUAUCCUCCAGCACAGUGACAGCAACUCAGAUUCCAGCACACCAGCUCACUCCUCCUGCAGCAGUUGUGAAUCGCCUGUAAAAGACACACACAACAGUGCCACCCAGCUGAAUAACACGCUCACUGCACUGCUCCUACAAACACUACUGCUGAUCAUGAUGAUGAACUGAAACAAACAGAUCUGCUCAUGUUUGCACUAUUCUGUUUUUUUUUUUUCAUUUCGCAUAAUAAACACCAGGACAUACUUACCAUUGUUAUGAUGAUGAUGAUGAUGAUGAACAGGAGGAAGCACACAAAUGGCUACAACUGCAAGGAAACAAAGACAAAAAAACAUUUCAGAUUGACAUUUGCCUUCAUUCAGCACAACAGUAACAAACAACAUUUGAUUUAGACUCCAUGACUUUUCCUAUCAGGCUAAUGACCUUUGUGGAUAUUAACAUUGUUCAUUUGCAGCUGUUUAACAUGAAGAGUGCAAAACACCAAAACAAGCUUUUCUACCUCACUUACUUUAUAAUAUUAAUUAACAAAACUAGCAGUGCCUUUAAUAAACAGCAUUUUCCUAUCA